AUGAUCGCGCUUCGCCUCGCCGCCUCUCUCCACCUCGCCGCGCCCAGGACUUCCGCCCUCGCCGCGCGCCCCAUCUCCGCGCGCCAGUCCCUUUCCGCGCGCCGUGUAGCAGCGCCGGCGGCGGCUGGGCCAGCGGCGUUCCGCGGUGUUGCGCAUGGCGGUUCCGCCGGCGGGAAUUGGCGCGGGGGACGGACGGGCGGACGUCUCGCGGAGAGGGCGGAGAAGUUGGGGAGGCGGCGGAGCGUGGUGACUGCCGCUGGCGGCGAUGCGGGGGGCGAGAGCAGCCCGGAGGAGGAGGCAGCAUUUUGGAGCCGGAUUCAGGAACACCAGCAAGCAGUGCCAAAGCUGGCACCCGCGGAGGAGGCAAGGACGGUCGUGGACAGAUGCACUCGCGGAGUGCUCUCCACCUACUCUCAGAAGUUUGAGGGGUUUCCCUUUGGCUCUAUGGUGACAUACGCCUCUGACGACCAGGGCCGGCCCAUCCUCGCUAUAAGCGCCCUGUCACCCCACACCGCUGAUCUGCUAGCAGACCCGCGGUGCUCGCUGUUAGUAUCGCGCAACCCACUUGUCACCAGCGACACUGUUGUCACCCUCCUUGCACGCGCCACCCUGGUGGACGAGAGUGAGAGGGCGGCAGUGCGAGAGGCAUACCUCAAGAGACACCCCACCGCCUUCUGGGUGGACUUUGGGGACUUCCACCUCUUGCGCGUUGAGCCUGUCAGGGUGCGCAUGACAGGCAAUGUUGCAACGUUCGCAGCUGGAGCAUCUGUGUCAGAGCUGGCAGCACAGGAGUAUGCGGGGGCACAGCCAGACCCCAUCGCCCCCUUUGAGGCUCCCAUUGCUGCGCACAUGAACAGUGACCAUGAGGAUGCCGUCAGAGCUAUGGUGCAUGCGGCACUACAGGUGGAGGUGCCAUCGGCCAAGAUCCUCUAUGUGGACCGCUUUGGAUUCCUGGUGGAGACGCCUCUCAAGGGGCAGGUGUCUCGAGUGCGCCUGCCUUUCCCCCGCCCUGCCACCAGCAGAAAGGAUGUGAAGGAUCUUAUAGUGGAAAUGACUCGCCAAGCGCAGGGUACCUCUGGGCAGAAGUAA